GCUUCUAGGCUCGUUUCACUCACACUGCAGAAGCACAGAGAUAAACGGACCAACCAGUAAAACGAAUAAAGCACUUUUAAGCACACUUCAUGCCUCCAAAUCACUGAAUGUAUGUAAGUGAUCGAAUACUGCGAGGAUCCAGCGCAGUUUUCAGCUGCAGGGGCAGCAAAAGGGGAAUGGAGCUAAUUAGCCGGAGACAAGCGGACUGCCUUUAUUCUCCGAUUUAAACACGUCUAUACAGCCGGAUUACAGCAUGGGAUUUUACUGUUUUAUCGCUGGGAGAGGCUAACGCAGAUGGUUUAGCCGUGUCCUUCAGUGUUAAUGUCAACGGACGUAACUGCUGUAAUGCUGCCGGUUAGCCGGAGGAUGGUAGAUGCUGACCCUGCAGCUGCUGGACGCACAACCAGCCCUGCCGGAGCAAUACGAGGACUGAAGCGAGGUGACCCAGAGCCAGACACACAUACACACAUUCUCGUUCACACACCAGCUGCUGGGUCUGAGAUGGCUGGGGCGGAGUGUAAACGGCCAAGGAUGGAUGAAGCCGGAGAAAUUGGACACGAUUCUUCAGAUGUACAAGAUGGACAGGCAGCCCCACCCCCCUCAUUCAGCCUGACCUCCUCCCAGAACGGUGUGAGUACUGUGUCACCCUCAGGGGUGGAGUUUGGAGCACCGGCAGGAGUGGAGCCAAGACCAGCAGCCAAUGGCAGCACACCCCCCACCAGCACACCUCAGGCAAACGGCUCAUCUCAGGCUGAGGGUGGAGCUCAGUGCAGUGGGAGUGGCACAGGGGCUGAGGGACCAGAGUCUAAAAUGACAGCAAAGCGACUGCAUGUAUCUAAUAUUCCUUUCCGUUUCCGGGAUCCAGACCUGCAACAGAUGUUUGGGCAAUUUGGGAAGAUCCUGGAUGUGGAGAUCAUCUUCAAUGAAAGAGGAUCCAAGGGUUUUGGGUUUGUGACGUUUGAGUCAAGUGCAGAUGCAGAGAAAGCUCGAGAACACCUCCAUGGGACUCUGGUGGAGGGGAGGAAGAUCGAGGUAAAUAAUGCCACAGCCAGAGUGAUGACUAACAAGAAGAUGGUCACACCUUACUCCAAUGGAGACACACUCAGCACACUGCCCUACGCAGGGUGGAAGCUGAGUCCAGUAGUGGGAGCUGUCUACGGACCAGAUCUGUACACAGUGCCAGGUUUCCCAUACUCCACUGCAGCAGCAAUUCGUGGAGCCCAGCUGAGGGGGCGGAGCCGAGCCGUAUAUAGCACCAUCAGACCUGUUACACAACCUAUUACAGCUUACCCAGGUGUCGUGUAUCAGGAUGGUUUCUAUGGAGCUGCAGAUUUAUAUGGGAGUUAUGCUGCUUAUCGCUAUGCACAACCAGCUGCGGUUACUGGGGCAACAGCAGCUGCAGCAGCAGCUGCCUACAGUGACGGUUAUGGGCGAGUUUACACUGCAGACCCAUACCACACACUUGCACCUGCUGCUGCAGCUGCUGCUUAUGGAGUAGGGGCCAUGGCUGGUCUGUACAGGGGAGGGUACAGCAGCACAUCCAAACCAUCAGGACAUAUGAUGAUACCAAGGGCACACAUUUCCGCAGACACCAUGCAAAAUCAUGUGGAAUCCUUCCCGGAAGAGUGGAGACCACAAAGGGGGCAACUCUGCUCUCCAUAAUGCCCAUGGGUUUUGGAAAUAACUAUACAAUAACCUCAUGUAAGUCUGAUAGUCAGGUGUCUACAUACUUUUGGCAAGCUGUGUAAAAUUUCAUUUGUGUCUGUCCAUUCUCUUUAAAAGGCCAUUUCCCUUUCAAUAAUCACCUAUAUAUGAUUACAUCACCCUGUUGCCCAGGCCUAGUCAGUUCAAGUUAUUUUUGUGUCUCAAAAGUGCCACUCCUUAAUGAUGUAUAUUCGUGUCAGGCAUGUCAAAACCUACAUUUCAGUGAUGACCUUUUGUAAGCACCUAGAAUUAUACGCCCUAAAAUAUACACACAUACACUAUGGCAGUAUUCUGUCCACUGACUUGUAUAAACUUGCACACCCACAUGGCUUUUAGGCCCAGUGUGUUCUUGUAACUGUUUUUUUUUGUUUUUUGUUUUUUUUCCCUGAUGUUGUUUUUGCAUUUUUCUUAACUGUGGAUCCUCAAACCCUAAAGAGCGGUCCAUGUUUGCUCCAGUAACUUCCCAGGAUAUAUAGACAACUGCGCAACACAAACACAUGCAUGAAUGCCUUCUAAAUGAAUGCUUAGGAGAAACCAAAAGACUGAAUAACUGAAAAACAUCAGACGUUGAAUAUUAUUUUUAAAAGUGAAAAAAAAUGUAGAGGAAAAGAAACUCUGUUUGUUUGUUUUUUUUUUGUUUUGUUUUUCCUAGUUUAUUUUUUCUCAUUGUUACCUCACACAGCUUUUUUGCUCUGGAGAAUGUAAUGUGAAUAGUAAUGGCGUGGUUAUAUAAUUCUGCCUAUUAUUACUAUUAUUGUUAUCAUUGCUUUAUAUCGUAUUAUCCACUUAAGUAUUUAGUUCUUGCUGAUUUUAGGUAUUGUUGUACCAGCACAAGCGUCUAUGUACCUUUAUUAUUCAACUUUGUUAUCUAGACUGAAGCUUUUACAUGGCCCAGUUAUUUUCUCGUCAUCUCCCUGACAGUCUCCAUCAGUGGUUCAGUCCAACAGAAAAUUAGAAAGAAUCGCCAAAGGCUGUGUAUGAAGCUUAGUAUAGCUUGAGUUGAAGCUUAAUGAGUGAGACUGUUUAUAGGAAAUCGCCUCUAAAGGAAUUUGUUUUGAGAUAAACUUGCAAAGUUUCAUCACAACACUGCCAAAAUACCAGCAGUCCAUGGCUGAAAUUACUGCCACUUUGUGUUCAUUUGUACUACACUAGUGUUGUUUCCAUUUAAGGCAUGAAUAUCAAAAUGGUAAAUAACGCAAUUAAAGAUAAAUGAAAGAUAUACUGUUAGUUAAAGAUUACCCCCCAUAACCAUAUUUAGUUUUUGGAUAUGGAUUGAACAGGCUGAAAUAAGUUUAUAGAUAUAUUUAUAAGAGAUUGUAUAGAGUUGAUUUGUCAUAGGCACACAGCUUCACACCACUACUGUACAUGCAUUAAUAAUGUUAGCUAGCUUGCUAGUUCUACUUAUCAUGUUUUCUGAAUACUAGCACCAGCUAGUAAUUAGUAAGGCUGGCCUAGCUAAUAUUAAGAUAAUUUGCACAAUGUCUCUCAGUGGUUGACUCAUGUUACUCAUGUAAUCAUUACAACAAUCACUUUUGCCUUUAACCUAGAACUGUGAAAGAGAGUGAAGAAGCAUGCUUUUCAGUGACUAGGAGAAUGCAUGGGAGGGUGUUGGCUUAUGUAGACCAUGUCUGCACAGCCUUCAGCAAUGUAAAAUCGAGGCACUUCGGCAGGCAGUAUUUUGGAUUUUGGAUUUGUACUGAAUACCUUCCAUAUUUUAUACUGCCUAAGUAGGCAGCAUUUGUCCAUUUCAGACUCACACUGUCCCUGAGCAUGUAGGGGAGUUGAUUAAAACCGUCUCUUACUGCCUUCAGCAGAACCUGUUUGAAGUAGAACUGACUUAUCAGCUCAGAGCUGUUCAGUAGUUCAGUGGCUCGCUUGACUCUACCUGUGCUGAGCAGCUUUACUGUGGACAACAGUUUUGCCUUCCAAAAAAAGGUCCAGCCUGUCCCGAUUUUUGACACGAUUUUAAGCACAAAUACAAACAUUUGGGGUGAAUAUUUCAUUUAACAGGAUCUUUUAGUUAGGCAGAUAAGCCAAAGGUCCAACUGUCAGGACUGUCCGUUGGAAGAGUAAUUCAUGUUGGACAAUUUAUGACUAGGUAUUGCUUUCUGAAAUGCCUCUUGUUUAACUCUGGGUAUCUAUGAAUUCACUCAGUUAUUAUUGAUAUUAUUACUAAUGUCAUUUGUUGUUAUUACUAUUAUUAUUAUUGUUGUUGUUGUCGUCAUUAUUAUUAUAAUUUGUACUUUUAUUGUUUUGUUUCCAAAGAUUCUUAAAAAGCACAUUUAGGUCACAUGUGGUGUCAGGCAUGAUUGUUUUAUUUUUUUGUUUGUUUUUGUUUUUUUUUCCUCAAAUGCGCAAGAUUGAUCUGUUGUGUGCUGUUGGAGAGUGUACAUAUUAAUAGCAGGAGAUAUUAUUGCUGUGUUUGAGGUCAUCUGCAAAUCAGACUGAUAUACCCAGAGCUAUAACAUCUCCUUAACCUGUGACCCUUCUCUGCCACAUAACAUCUGAAUCAUUGGCCAGUCAGAGCCGCCUGUGGGAGAAUCCUCUGUAGAUAAAGUGAGCAUUAGCAAAAUGUGUGAUUUCAAUCCAGUUUUUACAGUAUGACAGAAAUAACUGUGUAACUGUCUAAUUAAAUUGAAUGAUCUGUAAUUGGCAGAACUCAAUAAUAGUAGCCUGGUUUGAAGUGACCUCAAGGUAUUGAAAUACCAAAACCUGCUAAUAGACACAGCCUUGCGCAGUGUUUUUAUUGUUACUGAGUAUGUCGCAUGUUGCAUAAUGCUGAUGUGUACUUUAGGGCUGUUACUUUUCAGUCUGUGGUAAUCUGGUGAAAUUUCUGAAAGAAAAAAAAAAACAUCUAAGACAAGUUCAUGUUUAUAGCCGAGCUGUAUUUCAGUAGGGACAAGAAUUUGCCAGUCAAAUCCCUUGCAAGCUAUGUUACACUAUGUUAUCCCUUGCUAAAUUAAGCUCAAAAGAUCCAAUAGUUAAGCUCUUAGAAUAAUAAGAUGAAUGCUGUAAUUAAUUUUGCUUGCUUGUAUUCACCUGAUUUGCUCAUAAUUGCUCUUUUUCCCUCCCCAAAGACAGAGAUGUUAUGGUUGUCAUAAUGUCAGACAUUUCUAAUCAGACAGUGAGGACCCUGCUUGAAAGCAAAGCAAUGUUUGCUUAUUCUCAGUUCUGUCUGGCCUUCAUUUGUGUGUUGCCUUAAUUUUGCUGAGGCCUGUCCUGUGUUGACAUGCGAGAUCUUGCAUCCUGAGUUCUUUCAGUUCCAGAUCACCAGACUGCACUCAUCUUCCAUGAUCCUUUGCUGCAGGGUAUUUUGCAGGGAAACUGACUGAGAAGAUCCAUUUUUACCCACAGUGCUUUGUUUUGUGAUGUAAACGAUAUGUGUUUUUGUCAUUAUUUCUGUUAUUUCAACUGAAUGUACAUAAAAUGGUUUGAUUUUUAAAUUA